AGCAGCGCAUCGAGACAUAGCAGCAGCGGAUGAUUCCGAUAAAACCGAGUUGUACUCCAAUACUAGGCAAGAGGACGCACAAGUUAAAAUUAAACCUUGAGUCUAAUUGAAAUACCAGUCUUAGAUUCGACGAAGUCUGAUUUCCUUGUCGACUUCUCGCGACUUUACGUACCGUACCGUACUUCUGAAUUCUGUUCGGUGGAGUUAACACACGCGUACACCCUUUACUUUAGUUUUACUAAAAGUACCGGUACGGUACCGGUACCCAAUUUUUGGACGAGUCGCUCGCCUGUAUCUUCCCGCUGCUGGCCGUCCAGAUUAGCCUUAGCCUCGCUGUGCCACUCACAAGUCACAGCUCAGCUGGAAGCCAGUGGCUUAGCCUUGUCAUGAAGAUGGGUCGGAUUAAAAGUCAAGAAGGCUGCGGCCGCUGGGGCUCAAGUGUGGACAUCGGUCAUAUUUUAUUUAUUGCUCUGCUUUUCUCAAUGAUCCUGAUUUCAAAUUCAACUUCAAGUUCAAGCCGAAGCAAGAUCAAGACCCAAGAUUAUUUUCCAUGCAGCAAGAGGAUGUUUGCUUCUGGAGAUAGUUUUGUAUGCCAGUGUAACAGUACAUACUGUGACACAAUUGAAGGGUUCCUACCACUUGUUCCUGAUCGUUUUACCUACUACACUUCUAGUAAAUCAAGUGAUCGUCUUACAAAGCGCACAGCACCAAUAUCAUCAAAAUCUAAUGCCACAGCAUCUACAGUUAUUUUGACAGUUAAUACAUCAUCCUUGUAUCAGACUGUGUUGGGGUUUGGUGGUGCUGUGACAGACUCUAUGGCCCUUAGUGUUAAGAACCUAUCUGAAGCAAGCCAGAACAAACUCAUAAGGUCUUACUACUCUGCUGAUGGCCUAGAGUACACAUUCUCAAGGAUCAACAUAGGAACGUGUGAUUUCUCGCAGCGACCAUACAGUCUUUGUGAGUCAGAAAAUGAUUUUGAUCUGGCAAACUUUUCUCUAGCUGAUGAAGAUAUCAAUUAUAAGAUCCCUGUUCUUCAAGCAGCCAUGAAAGCUAGUGUACGCCCUCUAAAGUUUUUCUGUACACAGUGGUCUCCUCCAAAAUGGAUGAAGACGAGUGGUACCUACCGAUACAGAGGCCAAGUCAUUGGGGAACCUGGUGGCAAGUAUUACAAGACACUUGCCUUAUAUCUAGCCAAGUUCAUUGAAGGCUAUGCCAAACACAACGUGAGCAUGUGGGGUAUGACAGUACAGAACGAGCCAUGGGCGGGGGCUAUCAAGGACCAACCCAAUGCCUGUAACUACAUGACCCCUCAGAUUGAGAGAGACUUUGUGAAGCUUGAUCUGGGUCCCACCCUGGAGGAACGUGGUCUGGGGAAUGUCAGUAUCAUGAUGCUGGAUGAUCAGAGGUUUGAACUUCCCGAGUGGCCUGUUGUGGUUCUUGGUGAUUCUGAGGCCGAGAAGUAUGUCAAGGGUAUCGCUGUUCACUGGUACUGGGACAAACAGUCUCCAACCCUCAAGUUGGAUCUUACCAACAAUCUCUUCCCAAAUAAAUUUAUUCUUUACACCGAGGCUUGCCAGGGAACCUCUGAGACGCCUGGUGUUAAGGUGUCCCUGGGAAGCUGGGAACAAGGAGAAGGGUACACCCAGAAUAUCAUACAGAAUAUGAACCACUGGGUGACUGGUUGGGUGGACUGGAACAUGGCUCUUAACAUCCAGGGAGGCCCAAGCUGGAUUGCUCAUAAACUCAAUGCUCCUGUCAUUGUUGAUGCAGAAUAUGAUGUAUUCUACAAGCAACCCAUGUAUUACCAUUUAGGUCACUUUAGUAAGUUUGUACCUCCUGAUUCUGUUAGAGUAGGACUUGAGAUUGACCAGAAUGACGAACAAAAACUUGAGGCUAUCUCCUUCUUAAGACCAGAUGGUUUGGUAGUUCUGGUCGCCAUCAAUGUGCAAGAAGAUCCGAUUCCCAUCACCAUCAACCAUAAUGCAACAGGAUUUCUCAACUCAGUCGUUCCGGCCCGCUCAGUACAAACAUACCUCUGGAAGCCAGCUCACUCUUAACACUAGCUCUGAUGGAUAAAGACAACCCAGCACAGUACAGCUUCUCGUUGGCUUAUAACCAAAUAUGUAUUAAUUAUCUAUCCACAAGACCUCAUACAGUACAUACCAUAUUUUCUCAUUCCAUUGCUAUGUUUACCAUGAAUACUUGUAUAUCUCAUCAUCGAGAACUAAGAUGGAGUCAAAUUUGCAAUAAUUUCUAAAUAUUGUUAGAUUGUUUAUAUUUUCUAUGCAACAUUUUGUAUUUUUAUAACUCACCUAUGUACUCAAACAAAUUGUAUGACAACCAGUAUGUAUCACUAUCAACCAUUAUUAACAGUGCACAAACAUUUUAGCUGGAGGAAGUUAAGUUCCAAAUACUAAUGUAAAUAUACAAUAUAUGUAUUAAUCUGCAUCAUUAUGUUUAGUGUGAAUGACAAAGUGCAAUCAUGAAUUGAAUCAUUUAUCAUUGUCCAUUUCAUGGGGAUUUCUUUAUUCUUUUUUGAAGUGCAGAUAUUCCAUAUGACAAACGUAUAUUUUACCCUACAUCACUUACCUCUGUGUCCUUUUUUGUUAGAUUUUUCGCGGACUCACUGUUCAAUCUUAUGUUUUAUUCCUGAUGUUUAUGAAGGAUGCAUACUCAAAUGCCUCAGUUCUAGUGGUUUAUAGAUAUACUUCUUUAUUUGGGGAGGGAUGUGAUGAGAUCAUAAUUUUGAGUAAUUUUGUUAAUCUUCCUCUGCAUUUUUUGCAAGACUAUGAAAUUUGUCUUCCAUUGUUUUAAAUGGAUUGUUUAACUUCAUUCAGGAUGUGAAGAUAUUUUUUCCCUUCUAAUGGUAUACCGGUAAUCAUAAUUGGAAAUCUAUAGGUCAGGAAAGAAUCGCCAGAGAUUUUUAGCUAAUUAGUUUUUCAAUUGCUGAUAGCUCUUUGACGUUUUAAAAUUCUUCCACAUAAGAAUUACAAUUUCAUGUUUGUUUGAAUAUUUUCAAUUCUGGGUAAUCAUGAUAAUGUUUUUUACUAUAUCUGCCAUUUGGUUUUUAUAAUCCAAGUUAUUUAAGUGUGCUUGAGCUGCUUGUUCUGUUCACUCAGAUAUGUCCUGUGCAUAUUCCUGUAUUAUGAGCAAUUUGAAUGUUAAAUAGAGCGAGGAAUUACUACUUAAUCUCUGUGAUAAUGAUGACUGCAUCAAUAAGUGUCUAUAUAAUGAUAAUACAAUAAUUACAUUAAUAUGGCGCUUAAUAUUACAUGUAUAUGGUGCUUAAUACUACAUUUAUAUGGGGCUUAAUACUACAUUUAUAUGGCGCUUAAUACUGCAUGUAAUGGCACUUAAUACUACAUUUAUAUAGCGCUUAAUACUACAUGUAUAUGGCGCUUAAUACUACGUGUAUAUGGCGCUUAAUUCUACAUUUAUAUAGCGCUUAAUACUACAUGUAUAUAGCACUUAAUAUUACAUUUAUAUGGUGCUUAAUACUACGUUUAUAUGGCGCUUAAUGCUCAGUGUUUGAAAGAGGUUUACAGUUUUAUUAUCAUUACCCUGCCUGCACACAGUAUAUGCAAUUUCUCCAUUCCAUGGGGAGCAUUCCAACAAGAGUUCCAAAACUCGAUUGCUAGGCAUACUACAUCCUGGUGGGUGUUUCAUAAAGCUGUUUGUAAAGUUACGAACGACUUUAGGCACGAAUGGAACAUGUUCUCAGGUCAUAUCUCAAUUACAUACGGAUAUCACAUAGCACAAGAAAGGAUCACCAGUCGUGCGUCAUUCGUAUCUUACGAACGGCUUUAUGAAACUCCCACCAGGGUGCCCAUUUAACACCUGUGUGAAU